AUGACAGACAAGAAACAAACCACAGUUGUAAUUGUAGCAGAGGUCGACCCCGAGGCAGAAGAAAUAGAAAUCCAUGUACAGCCUUGUGAAGGAGGCUACCAUGCCCCCAAGGUCCAUGACUUCGGCUCCUCUUCAGGCCGGACUGUCAAAAAAUCCGCCUGGGACAAGAGUGACAAUUCACACGAGGGUAUCCGACGCCCAGGCGCGCGAUUGAAGAAAGGACUGCCUCCAGGGCCAUCGAAGAGAGACAUCCUCAACGCGAAGGAUAGCGAGCUACAGCAGGAAAAACUAGACCGGAGGAAAAUUCUGGAAAAGACCAUGGCUAAAGCGGAUGUUGAGAUACAGUUGAAAACAGAGUUUGAGGAGCGGGAGAGGCAAUUGGAGUGUGAAUGGGAUGAUCUUUUGGGGUUUUAA